AUGAACUAUGCCGGGUGUGGCUCUGCCCAGAAACUUCUGGCCUUGGGGGGCCUGGCCGGGGCGGCCCUGCUCACAGCCCUCUGGACCCUGUGGCUGCUCCGACGGGCUCCCGGGGGAGCCCCGGCACCCCAGGGCACUCUCACCAUCCUGAUCUGGCACUGGCCCUUUGCCAGCCGGCCCCCGGAGCUGCCCAGCAACACCUGCGCCAGCUACGGCGUGGCCCGCUGCCGCCUGAGCACCGACCGCAGCCUGCUGCCCAGCGCCGACGCUGUGGUCUUCCACCACCGGGAGCUGCAGACCCUGCGGGCCCGCCUGCCCCUGGCUGAGCGGCCGCACGGGCAGCCCUGGGUGUGGGCCUCCAUGGAGUCGCCCAGCCACACGUACGGUCUCGGCCGUCUCCGAGGCAUCUUCAACUGGGUGCUGAGCUACCGGCGCGACUCGGACAUCUUCGUGCCCUAUGGCCGCCUGGAGCCCCACCCGGGGCCCGAGCCCCCGCUGCCGGCCAAGAACGGGGUGGCCGCCUGGGUGGUCAGCAACUUCCAGGCGCGACAGCGGCGUGUGCAGCUGUACCGGCAGCUGGCGCCCCACCUGCCGGUGGACGUGUUCGGCCGGGCCAACAGGCGGCCGCUGUGCACAGAUUGCCUGCUGCCCACCAUGGCCCGGUACCGCUUCUACCUGGCCUUCGAGAACUCACAGCACCCGGACUACAUCACUGAGAAGUUCUGGCGCAACGCGCUGGCGGCCGGCGCCGUGCCGGUGGUGCUGGGGCCCCCGAGGGCCACCUACGAGACCUUCGUGCCGCCGGACGCCUUCGUGCACGUGGACGACUUCAGCUCGGCCCGCGAGCUGGCUGCCUUCCUCCUGGGCAUGAACGACAGCCAAUACCGGCGCUACUUCUCCUGGCGAGACCGGCUCCGCGUGCGGCUGUUCAGCGACUGGAGGGAGCGCUUCUGUGCCAUUUGCGCCUGCUACCACGACCUGCCCCGCGACCAGGUCUACCAGGACCUCCAGGGCUGGUUCCAGGGCCAGUUCCAGACCUGAGCUCUGGCAGGCAGAGGCAGCAGGGGAGGGUGGCCGGGCGCGGGCAGCAUGGGCUGGGUGUUCAGGUCAAACCACUGGACAUCUGGCCCCCACAGGCGACCAUCGGGCUACUGUGGAGACUUGCAGUCAGAGGCCAGGGUGCGAGGGUGAGGGAAGAGCGGGCCAGUCUAGGCAGACUGCCUGGAGGAGGAGGCUGGUGGGCAUUGGAGUGGGCAUUUGGGUUAGAGGCAAGAAUAGCGCGGGAAUUAAUGGGGGUGCAUGUUCUUGAAGUGGAUCAGAGAAGACAGAGGGAUCCUUCCCAGCCUUGAUCAAAUCUUGGGCAGGUCUUAGGCUAAGCCUUGAUACAGGGACAUGGGGACAUGGGGCUGAGACAGGCUGGAGGCAGGGCCCUUGGGCCUGGGGACAUGCUGCCCUGUGGUUUGUUGGGGGGGAAGCCUCGCCCCCCAAGCCUCUGCUGCACUAGCUACUCUGACCACAGUUUUGUGUGGGCCCGGGCAAGGUGUGA